CCAGUUCCAGUUUAUCCCCAGCAGGCAGCAUGUGCGGACGUAGUGCUGCUCCUGCUGCCGCAUUUUCUUAUCGCGCUCGCGUGCUUUCCACCUGAGCAUCCACCACCGGCUUAUCGUGUGUUUAUUGGACGCAGAUCGAAAUCAAAGACUCAGAUAUCGAGAUUAAUAUCCGCUAACAGUGUUUGUCGAAAAUCAAUUAAAGACAUCAUAAAAUUCCAUAACGAAAGGACAAUGUGAUUUAAAGUGAAUUUUAAUAGUGAUGAAUGAAUAUAAAAUUUUAAUCCAACACAAAUACAACUGGCGUACGUCGACAAGGCAAAUUGUUUCCCACGGUUUCGUAAAAUGCAUUUCGAGUCGUAGUAAUAACUCCACCGAUUUACCCACAGAGCGUGCUGAUCUGAAUCGUUGAAAAUGGGCGAUACCUUGGACGAGACGCUGCCCACGCGACGCGACAAGCCGCAAACAUUGAACAUUGGCCAGGAGGAGGAGGAGGGUCUGGGUAUGGGUACCGCUCCCGCCCCAGCACCCGCCACCUCCCCGGCGUCCUCCAUGGCCAUUCCCGCUCCCCGCACACCGCGCAACCGGUUGCGCCACGCGGAUCGGGAUCAGAAACGCGAUCACUCGAGCGACGGUCUCGUUUCGAGUGGCGAACGGCGGGACGAAUUUAUGGGUCUCGAGGCCCAGCCGCGUCGCGAGAGCCUGAAUAGUUGCGAGGCCGGCAGUCCGGUGGCCUUGUCCUCCAGUCCCGGCAAGACGGGCCAGCGGCUCAACAGCUCCAGGUACCCGUCCAGCGGAUCCGGCGGCGGCAUCGGCGUCAGCGUCCUGGGCAACCUAAUGGGCACCACCACCCGCAAGUGUGUCCUGACGCUGGACGGGUACUCCUAUGUCAUAGUUGCCAGCACGCCGGAGAGUUUGCCCAACAAGCGGGACGAGGCAAGUGGUGGGGCAGGCAGCACCGGCGGCAGCAGUGGUGCAGCGAGCGGUGCAGCAAGUGGGUCGGCUGGACCUGCAACUGGAACUGGGACUGGACCUGGAGCCGGAGGAGCAGGUGGUGCCAGCACGCCGGCCCAAGAAGCCGUCAGUCCCACGGUCUCCGAGCUCAGUGGCAGCGGCACAAAUGCGACAAUAAAUGGUCAAGUUGCAAGACACGGCUCACUGACGAUUAUCCGACGCACAAACAGCCGCAACUUCUCCCAAAUCGACGGCCAGUUGGCAUCGCCCUCGACCACCGCCUCCAGCAGCACAGUUCCGGGAAUUAACUUCGCCCAGACGCCGCUCAGUGACCCACUUGCGGAGCGCCUGUGCUUUCGUUCCGGGAGCAACGGAUCCGCAUCCACAUCCACGCCCGCCGGCGACAGCCGAUCCAGCAAUCAGGCCACCAGCUCAGGGCCAUCCGCCAACGCCGCCGCCAAAAUGCAGCCAUCGUCGCCGAAUGCCACCAACUAUCUGGCCGACAACAUUCAGGUCUCGUCGGCCAAUCUAUCGCAAACGGAAAUGGUCCCGGGUCGCGAUUCGACGGACUAUACCACCAUGCACUCGAUAAACGUCGGCGCCGGCAACAACUCGUUCCUGCGGGGGGACACCGAUAUUCCGCAGGAGUCGGGACACUCCUUCGAAACGCCCUCGAAUAUAUCGUUCGCCGCCGGGCAAUGGGAUACGGAAAGUUUGCCGCCAGUCGACACGCCAGAUGCCCUUAACAAAGCGGCCGGGAGAAUACGCAGUCUGCUCCGUCGCAUGGACCAUGAGACCGUUGCCUACGAGGAUAUGCAGCGCAAUCUACAUUAUGCGGCUCGUGUACUCGAAGCCGUCUUCAUUGACGAAUCAAGAGAGGGCUGCAACGGCAACUGCAAGAACCUGAGCUGCAGUCGCCAUAGCCACGGACGAGAUGACCGGCAGCAGCAGGUGGACAACAACAACUCGAACAGCAGCUGCAGCCUGCAGGAGGUGGCUCCGGGGGGAGCAGGAGGUGGUGGGGCCACGCCGGCGGGUGACAACCAGGACAGCAUAGCGGGUCGCACCAAGGGCGUCUCCCUGGCGCCGCAGACCCACAGCGGGCCCACUGGGCCCCCAUCCUCGCCAGAAACCAGCUCCGCCACCCCACCUGCACCCAAACUCCAGCCCGCCCUCGAGACCGUAAGGGAAUCGGUGAUGGAGGAGGGUCCUUCGAAGGACCCUGGCGACCAGGCAGCACCACCGACCACGGAGCCGAGUGCCAAGGCGGCGGCGGAGGGUUCAGGGGCCAGCGGCGGCAGCAGUGGCAGCUGCAGUAACCCAGCGACCGUGCACCGGCAACGGCGCCUCAGGACACCCACCUGGGCCAGGUCCAUGUCGACGAACAAAACGCGCCUGGCGGACGAGGACGAUGAGCUGUCGGAGGUGCAGCCGGAUGCAGUGCCUCCGGAGGUGCGCGAGUGGCUGGCCUCGACCUUCACCCGCCAAAUGGCCACCAGCCGGCGCAAGAGCGACGAGAAGCCCAAGUUCCGCUCGGUGGCCCACGCCAUCCGGGCGGGCAUCUUCGUGGACCGCAUGUACCGCCGCGUCUCCAGCUCGGCCCUCACGGCCUUCCCACCGGACGUGGUCAGGCUGCUCAAGAACCUGGACGACUGGACGUUCGACGUGUUCGCACUGACGGAGGCGGCCAGUGGCCAGGUGGUGAAGUACGUGGCCUACGAGCUGUUCAACCGCUACGGGUCGAUCCACAAGUUCAAGAUAGCGCCCGGGACGCUGGAGGCGUUCCUGCACCGCGUGGAGGAGGGCUACUGCCGGUACAGGAACCCGUACCACAACAACCUGCACGCCGUGGACGUGAUGCAGACGAUCCACUACUGCCUGUGCAACACGGGCCUGAUGAACUGGCUGACGGACCUGGAGAUCUUCGCCUCGCUGCUGGCGGCCCUGCUCCACGACUACGAGCACACGGGCACCACCAACAACUUCCACGUGAUGUCCGGAUCGGAGACGGCCCUGCUGUACAACGAUCGGGCCGUCCUGGAGAACCACCAUGCCAGCGCCAGCUUCCGGCUGCUGCGCGAGGACGAGUUCAACAUCCUGUCCCAUCUGUCGCGCGAGGAGUUCCGCGAGCUGCGCGGCCUCGUCAUCGAAAUGGUCCUGGGCACCGACAUGACCAACCACUUCCAGCAGAUGAAGGCCAUGCGGCAGCUGCUGACGCUCCAGGAGGCGACCAUCGACAAGCAGAAGGUGCUGUCCCUGGUGCUCCACUGCUGCGACAUCUCGCAUCCGGCCAAGCAGUGGGGCGUCCACCACCGCUGGACAAUGCUCCUGCUGGAGGAGUUCUUCCGCCAGGGCGACCUCGAGAAGGAGCUGGGCCUGCCCUUCAGCCCGCUCUGCGACCGCAACAACACCCUGGUGGCCGAGUCGCAGAUCUGCUUCAUCGACUUCAUCGUGGAGCCCAGCAUGGGCGUCAUGUCCGACAUGCUGGAACUGAUCCUGGCCCCCAUUGCGCCGAUGAACAAGGGCAAGCCCGCCACCCUGGUGGAGCAGGAGCCGGUGGCCUCCUCGAUCGUGAUCCCCAACUCCGGGAUCACCCCCAGCAUGGACAAGCCGCGGGAUCGCAACGAGGUCAAGGCCACCGCCGCCGAGUGCCUCGCCCGCAAGAGCGUCACCGGCACCACCUCCAAGUUCAACAUACCCAAGCCCUGGCUCACCUGCCUGGUCGAGAACAAGCGGAUAUGGAAGGAGCAGGCCGUCAAAGAUGCUGAGGCACGAGCUUUGGCCACGGCAGCGGAAGAAGCCGCAGCGGCAGCAGCGGCGGCGGAAGAGGAGGAGAGCAAGCCGAAAGCGGAAGCGGAAACGGCCGAUGGCGAACAAAGCGAGGCAGCCGCGGAGCCGGCAGAUGGCGCUGCCGCCUAAACUGGCCACCACGCCACCUGUCGGGCAACAGAAUGCAAAAUACAAAAUACAGACGGAGACUUGGGAACGAAUACGGAUGGUUACACUGAAAGAAACUGAGGAACGAUGGGCUCCAAGAAUUAUGUUUACUAAGCUUAGAAGCAGUCUAGAAUAUUAAUAGCAAACCGCUUCAGAUGCGCUCUCUAUGUGAAUUGUGGUAGAGUUAGACUAGUACAUCAUCUAUAUAGGCUUAGUUGCGGAACAUUAAUAUCGAUAUAUAUGUAUAAAUACUGUAUACUUUGUUGUUGCAAGCGGAAACACAAUACAACACACAAGAAAACUUAAGGAAAUAUUAGGGCCAAGCACAAAACAAACAAACAAAAAACGAGUAGAUGUAAAUAGCGAAGAGUUCAACUGAAAUUUGUUGUGAAUUUGUUGGUUCGUUGCGAGCAUUUAUAUUUAGAAUUGAGUUGUACUUGUCUCUUAUUAGUUUUAGUCAAAUGUGGAAUUUACUGUAUGAUUUCUAUAAGUUCGAUGUAUGCGAUUUCGUUCUAAUUAAAUACAUAUAUUUUUGUAACCGUU